ACGCCGGGAGCGGCGGGCGCGCGGCGAUGGCGGGCGCGGGGCUGGGCGGGCGGCGGGAUGGGAUUGUGAGGGCCGCGCUCGCCGUGGUCGCCGCGCUGGCGUUCGCCCUGGCCUGGCUGCUGCUGCGGGGCGUGCUGCUGGGCGCGGCGGCGCUGGGCGCAGCGGGCGCCUGGUGCGCCAUGCGGCCCGGCCCCCCCCCGCCUCGCCCGCCCUGCAAAGCCGCCGCAAACGGCGGCCCGGCCGCGAGGGCUGCGCUGCGUCGCCCCCAGCCUGGGGUCCCGCGUUGCCGGCUCCAGGCCCCGCGCCGCCGGUACCCGCUGCCUGAUGCCCGGCCGGCCGUGCCGCUCUGCUUGCCCGCCGCCCGCUGGGAGGGCGGCUCCCCCCGCAGCGCACCUUGGGCCCGCCGUGCCGGCCCGCUCCGCAGCCCCGUCACCGUGAGAAUCGCCCCGCCGGCCGUCGGCAUCGCCCGCUCACCGGCUCUAGAGCAGCUGGUCUCGCCUCUGGCCUUCCCGGCCACCAGCAGCCCUGACCCAUGCGCGAAGGAGACUGUGCUGAAUGCCAUCAGGGAGAGCAGGAAAAGGGCUGUGGAGGAAGAUGAGGAAGAGGACCAGACUUUUGGGAACGAUCAAGAGAGCAAAAGAAGGCGCCACGACAGCAGUGGAAGUGGGCAGUCAGCAUUUGAGCCACUGGUAGCCAAUGGUGCCCCUGCUUCUCUCAUACCCAAGCCAGGCUCUCUGAAGAGGGGCUUCAUCUCACAGUGCCCAGAUGACUGCUCCAACAAGAGAUCUCGCACCUCCUCCGUGAGCUCCCUCAACAACACCUACACUGGUGGGAUCCCCAGCUCCAUCCGCAAUGCCAUUGCCAGUUCCUAUAGCUCCAGCCGGGGCCUCACACAGCUGUGGAAGAGAAGUGGUGUGAGCAUGUCCCCUCUGUCCAGCCCAGCGUCCUCCCGCCCCCAGACACCAGAGUGGCCUGUCAAGAAAGCCAGGGAAGAGGAGUCACAUCAUUCCAGUGCUUCCACCCCAGUGAAAUCAGACAAGGAGCUGCAGACAGAGAAAGUGGUGGAGUCACCGGUGUGGAAGAAGCAGAAUUCCUUGAGCCCGCCAUCCGCAUCAGGGAGCAGUGGGAAGCGCAAACGGAAGAUCCCCUUGCUGUCGUCUCUCCGUGGGGACCAGCUGGUGCUGCCCCCGCCACCUCAGCUGGGCUACUCCAUCACCUCAGAGGACCUGGACGCAGAGAAGAAGGCAAUGCUGCAGUGGUUCAACAGUGUCUUGGAGGAUAAGGCUGAUGCAGUCCCCAACACCACUGCAGCGACGAUGCCUGUGUCCAAACCGCUGGUGUUUGCUGUGACCUCCCCUGGGCCUAUGCCUGCCUCCACAGCUCCUGCUCCGGCCAGCUCCUCACUCCUGGACAGCCUGAAGAAGAUGCAGAGCAGCCAGGCUGUAUCCACAGCACCAGACUCCACUGGAAUUGCAGCUGCAUCCCAGCCACCUCCAUCAGCUGCACAGCCACCUGCUCCUGCUGUGUCAUUGGAGUCGAGCUCUCUGCCUGCCAUCUCUGCUGACAUCAAGCCUGGGCCUGUAUUGAGCACACCUGGCCCCAGUGCUCCCCCUGCCCUGGCGGUGCAACCCCCCAGCAGCCUGGCACCUCCUGUGUUCACUGAGCUGGGCCAGACCCCCAGCAAGCCUCCCUCCUUCCCAAAGCCAAGCAUCCUGUUUGGGAUGCCGAACACUGCUCCAGCCAGCCAGCCAGCGCUGACUGUGGCCUCUGCCCUGCCCACCAUGGCCACUGCUGCACCCACUGCAUCCACUGCUGUGCCCACCACAGUCACUGCCAUGCCCACCACAACUCCCAUCUUCAAACCCAUCUUUGGUGCUGUGCCGAAGAGUGAGAAUGCAGCAGGCUGCACGGCUGUCACUUCCACCACAGCCACUGUGUCUGUGGGCCCUGCCUCAACGUCUCCCACAUCCUCCGUAUUCAAGCCCAUCUUUGGCAGCAUCACUGCAGCUUCAUCUCCAGCAAAAGCUUCAUCUCCUUUCGCCUUCAAACCUGCUGCACAGCCAGCCUCAGAGCCACCAACUGCCUCCACAGCUACUCUGGCAGGAUUCACGGGUCUUCCCAGUGUCAUCUUCACCACUGCAGUGACAACUGCCACUACCCAGAGUUCCUCCACAGAUGCCACCAUUAAACCUGUCUUCAGCUUUGGACUGAACCCGCCUGCUUCCACCGGUCCUGCCCCCAGUGUGACUGUCACUGCUGCCACCGCCACCAGCACAACACAGCCCUUUCUGUUCGGGGGCCUCACCAGCUCUGCUCCCAGCACAGAAGCCAGCUUUGCCACCUCAGGGCCCGUGUUCCAGUUUGGGAAACCACCUCCAGCUACAGUCACUGCCACCACCAGUGUCCCAGGAGGCCCUGCCUUUGGCCAGGUACCUACAAGCUCAACAGCUGCUGCCACCACUGUGGGCUUUAGCAUAUUUGGGAACACUACACUGACCUCCUCUGCCCCAGCCACCACAGCUCAAGCACCGCUGACAUUCGGCUCCUCUGUUUCAGCUUUUGGCAGUUUUUCAGCCACCACAAAGCCACCACCACCAUACCCGGGCACCGGGAGCCAGCUCACCUUCAGCACUGGGGCUGCUGAGAGCCAGGUGCCUGCCAGCAAACCUGCUGCUGGGCCCAUCAGCUUCACCACCCAGUUCAGCUUUGGAGCCCCUCCAGCACAGUCAGUGGCUCAGCCAGCAUUUGGCAGUGGUGCCCAGCCAGCCUUCGGCACAACCAGUGCCCAGGGCUCCUUUGGCACCAGCAGCACCCAGGCAGCAUUUGGGACCACCACCUCGGUGUUCUCUUUUGGAACAGCCACCUCCACCACAUCCAGCUUUGGUGCCAGCACCCAGACUACAAGCAGCAGCACCGGUGCCACUGUCUUUGGCACCGCCCCAUCUCCAUUCACCUUCGGGGCCACCACCCAGCCGGGCCCCUCCACCAGCGCCUUUGGGAUGGGCACACCAGGCCUCAGCAGUGGAUCUCCAGCUGUGGCCUUCAGCUUUGGGGCUGGGCAGAGCGGGGCAGCCCCGGCAGCAACACCCUUUGGCUCAUCUCUGCCACAGAGUGCUCUGGGAGCACAGGGCCAGAGCACGCCCUUCGCCUUCACCAUGACCAGCACUCCCAACAGCAAGCCUGCAUUUGGAGGACCUCCAGUGCCCACGUUUGGGCAGGGCACACCUGUCCCUGGAGCUGUGGGCAGUGGAAGCAGUACCCUUUCGUUCAGGACACCCAGCAAUCCUGCCUCGAGCUUUGGAGGGGUCGGCACUUCCUUUGGUUCAUCCACUCCCAUCUUCUCCAUCGGGUCAGGAUCCAAGAUGGGCACUCGACAACGGCUGCAGGCACGGAGACAGCACACCCGCAAAAAGUAACCCUAGUGCUGCUGGGCUCCACUGGCCCACGUGGGGGGGGCUCUGGCCUGAAGCUGUCCCGUUGCUGGGACCAGGCCCUGUCCCUGACACCCACCAGAGACCAUGCUGGGAUGGUAUAAACCAAACUCUUGUUACUUGAACAGUUCCAGAGCCAAGACUGGACAAAUCUCUGUACAUAUCCACAAUGUUCUUUUCUUCAAUUUAUUUUGCCUUGUUUAAUAAUGUGUACACUUCUCCCCAUUUGCUUCUAGCUGUUUCUGUGCCCCUCUCCAGCCCUCUGCCAGCCCUAAGGCCGUGUCCUGCUCAGAGCCUGGCUGGCCACAUGCUAUGGUUCCGAGCUGCUCUCAGACACUGUCUUCACCAGGUCCCAAAAUCUUUCCCAUUGUUCAUCCCAUGGCUGGUGAACAUGGUCCCAUGCCUGCAGGCAGGGCAAGUUCCAGCCUGGCUGUUUCAUGCCACAGGUGACUGGCAUGGGUGCAGCUGGUGACACCCCUUGCUGGGACCUAAUGUCCUGCUACCUCCAGCUGAGGACAUGCCAUAGCCCGGGACCUUGGCUGGAGGUACAGGGUGAGGAUGAGGGUCCCCCCACCCCUCUUCCAUCUCCGCUACUCCGUGGGGCUGUGGGCUGCCCCCCCGCUACUCCCCAGUUUUGCUUUAUUCAUGCUCCUGUUCCUGUGCUCACUGAAUCGAGUUUGGAGGAAGAACUGAACCGUGUGUGUGGCGGCAUGUUGGUUAUGCCGGAUUUGCUGUUUGGAGUUCCUUUUUUGGGGGGCAUCAGUCUUUGGGGGAAGACAUGCCCUGGCUAAUUGGGUGUUGACAGUAGCAUCACUGCGUGGCUGCUCAUGCUAGGGAGUUGUCCCUUCCAUGUCUGUGACUGAAAGGCAGCUAGGACAGGGGGUUCCAACUGUGGCAGUCUCUCCCCUCCCUUUCCCUUUCUUCUAGUACCUCUUCUGCACUUGUGGGGGCUCCGGAAUUUCUGUGAGCAAUUGCUCACAGAAAGAGUCCAGAGCAGAUGCAUUCUCCCUCCCAUCCCAAAGCCAAGUUGAUUUUCAUUUUUCAGCUCAUCUCCAUCCCAGUGGAUUUUACUAGCUCCUAGGAACUGUGAUGCUGCCUCCCCUGCCCCCAUGUAGCCAGGACUGGGAAUCCCACCCUUCCCUGCCUUGGAGCUUCUGUGGGAAGAGACUGUCAGAGCUGGGGGUCAUCAAAGAACCACCCCCUGCUCUGUCCCUGGUGAGGGAUGGCACUCCACUCCCAGGAAUGCUUUGCUGCCAGGUUUUUACUCUCUGAGCCGUGUGAGUGUGUGUGUUUGCUGAGGUCUAAAUUUAAAAAAAAAAAAAAAAAAAAAAAAAGAAAAAAAUCACAAAUAUUUAAACAUUUUUUAACAAAAUAAAAAUUUAUUUUUAUAUUUAAGAUAAAUUGCCUUCAAAUUCCUUCAAGCUUGGUUCAGUGAAGUUGCCCGCUGUUAGUGUUUAGCUGUUCCCACCCUGGCUGUGCCUGCAGGAAUGCAUUGUGCUGGGAAAGGCAGCUGCAUCCUGCAGGCUCUGCCACGCUCCCCCUGCUAUACAUCAUCCCCUUCCUUUUCAAUGUGAUGUGUAUGUGGAUGUGACUAAACCGUUUUUUGAUUUUUAAAGUUUUUUAAUUAUUUCUCUGAGGGUGAGGAGCAGGAGCUCUCUCAUUAUGGUGCUGAGUGCCAGGGUCAAGGCAUCUCUCCCAGCAGAAAGGGCAGGUGAUGAGCUCUGUGUGGUACAGAGACACAGUCCCAUAGUAAGGGGACAUAGAGGACCUAUAGGUGCUGGUGGGAAUAUUCUGGCCAUCACACACCACCAUGGCUGAGUAUGCAGUAGGCCAAGAGCAGCCAGGCUGGGAAAAUGUGUCCUUGAGGUUGGAGGAAGCAGAUGGCAAGGGGCUAGUGCCUGCCAAGACUGACUCUAUGAGUCCUUUCCUCUGCCCCAGUUAGGGUCCUGGGCCAGGAGAGCACCCACUCCCCAUCCUCGAGGUGCCAGGGUUUGGCCAGGUUAGCUCUGACAAGAUAGGGAUGAGCUGGGACAAUGUUGAGGGCACCCUGGCUCUGGGUCCUGCUCCCCAAGUAGCUGCCCUACAUAGUCCUACACACCUGUGAGGAGCCAGGCUGUCCUUUCCCUGCCACACAGACCCUGCUGGGAGAGCCCCUUGUGCCUGGGGGGAGGCUAGGUUUUAACUGACUGAAGACUUGGAUCAUUCCUGGUGUGGCUGAUGAGGAUUUUAGUGUGAAUGUGCAAUUUUUGUUUCCUUGCUUCUUACGUCCCUGGUUUAAAAUAAAAUGACUGUGUUCA